AUGUUGCUGAGGCUGCUGUUGCUGCUGCUGCCUGUGCUGCGGGGAGGAGCCCUGGCUAAGGAUUCAAGCUACUGGCUGGAACCACAGGAGUCUGUGAGUGUGCAGGAGAGUCUGUGUGUCUUUGUGCCAUGCAAGUUUUCAGACUCCUGGAGUAUCAGUGGACCCCCCUACCUGUAUUGGUUCAAGAAAGAAGGGAAUAAAAGGCGUGGUCUUCUAGUUGCCACAGACAAUCCAAAAGAGGAGCUACAGGAGACGAUCCAGGGCCGGUUCUUGCUCCCCGUGGACCCCAAGUCCAGUGACUGCUCCCUGACCAUCAGAGAUGUCAACAAGAGGGACAGUGGGACGUACUUCUUUUAUUUAAAAUAUGGACGCUAUGAACAUACAUACAGAGAUACAUUUUUCACUCUGAAAGUGACAGCCCUGACCGACAAACCUGACAUCCAGAUCCCAGGGCCCCUGGAGUCCGGCCGCCCCAAGAAACUGAACUGCUAUGUGCCCUGGGCCUGUGAGGAGGGCACGCCCCCCAUCUUCUCCUGGACAUCAGCUGCUUACACCUCCCUGGACCCCAGGUCUCAUCAUCUCUCCUCCGUGCUCACCCUCACCCCUCGGCCCCAGGACCACGGCACCAACCUCACCUGUCAGGUGUAUUUUCCUGCCACUGGUGUGAGUGUGGAGAGAACCAUCCGGCUCAAUGUGGCCUCCCUCAAGAUUCUGAAAACCACAUCCCUUUCCAUCCUGGAGGGAGAGGCCCUGAGGCUGCUCUGUGAGGCUGACAGCAACCCCCCUGCCAAGCUGAGCUGGUUCCGGGGGUCCCCAGGCCUGCACGCCACCCCCCUCUCCAGCACCGCGAUCCUGGAGCUGCCUCGCGUGGUGCCUGCACAGGAAGGAGAGUUCACCUGCCAAGCUCGGCACCUGCUGGGCUUCCAAAGCGUCUCUCUCAGCCUCUCUGUGGUCUGUAAACCGGAAUCCAGGGCCCGUGGAGUCCUGGGAGUGGUUGGGGGAGCUGGCAUCUUGGCCCUGGCCCUGCUUUCUCUCUGCCUUUGUCUCAUCUGCAGAGUGAAGACCUGCAGGGAAAAAGCAGCCCAGCUGAUGCAGAGCAUGGACAAGGAUAUGCAUCCAGGCGCAGGCACAGGCUCCGGGGCACAUCAGCACCCGUUCUGGACAGACAGCUCUGCGGCUCCCCCAACAGUUCCCCCAGCCCCUGGUGGUGCUGGUCCCCCCGCCAAAGGUGAGCCGGAGCUCCACUAUGCUUUCGUCAGGUUCCACAACCGGAAGCCCCAGGGAAAUGAAGAUGCCAACAUUGUGUACUCAGAGAUCAAGACACACAAGUGA